ACAGAAAACCAAUUCACAAGCGACCGAAACGCAUCUACCGUCCAGUACAGCGCCCUGUUACCACGACCAGAAUAUCACGACCGUCAUUCAACCAUGUCUCCCACGAGCUUCCUCCCCUACUCCGACCCCAAGACACUCGGGUUUCUCGACCUCCCCCUCGAGAUCCGCAUCUUCAUCUAUCGCGAAGUCGUCCUCCACCCCGACACCAUCGAGCUAAGCCGCAGACGACCCGUGUUCGAGUGUCUCCAAGAAGCCGACACCACCGCCAUUCUCUCUCUGAACCAGCAGACCCGCGCCGAAGCGCUCGACGUCUUCUACGCUGAAAACACAUUCCGCAUCGUCGUCGCAGACGAAGACGACGAGGAUCUCCUGAGCAUGCUUCCCCAAGCCGUAGAUCGCCUACCGAUCCGACGCUUGGAGUUGACGCACCCGGUUAUUGCUUCUUCGCUGUCGAAUACGCUGCUAUACAGGCCGGAUGUGGACAACAAGAUUUGGAUGUCUGUUCUAUCGAACCUGAGAAGCUUGUGUAUCAUUGUUGUGGAGCCUGAGCGACUCCCGGUUCAUGAAGAGGUUGUAGGGAGGGAGCAAGGGGAGGGGCGCAACUCGAUGAUUUCGUUGAGUGAUGUCAAGAGCUUUUAUUCGCAGCUUGUGGCGCAGUCUUUGGAGAGUUCGAGAUCUACGCUCGUUUCGCUGUUAACGUUGAGAAUCUGAGGUUGAUUGGAGCGUGAAUACGACACGCUCAGAGAACGAAGGAUAUGAUAGGGCCGGAUCUCAGGCCCAUUUACGACCGCACUCUCACGCCUUACAAGCACUGCGAGCACCAGUCAUCCUUCUUCUUUCAAGUCGACACCGAAGCACAGGUCGUGCACCCGG